CGCGCCUCAGUAUGCCCGAGUCCGUGUCGUACGCGUGCCGCCACGUCUGCACGGGCCACAAGCGUGCCGUCUCGGCGGUCAAGUUCUCGCCGGAUGGCAAAUGGCUCGCGUCGUCCUCCGCCGACAUGACUGUGCGGCUGUGGAGCACCACCAACUGGCGGAGCGUGCACACGAUGCAGGGCCACUCGCAGGGCAUUUCGGACUGCGCCUUCAGCGCCGACUCGCUCUACGUCGCCUCCGCCUCGGACGACCGCACCGCAAAGCUGUGGGAGGUGUCGAGCGGGAAGCUGCUCAAGACGAUGCGCGGGCACGCCAACUUCGUCUUUUGCCUCAACUUCAACCCGCACGGCAACCUGCUCGCGACCGGCUCCUUCGACGAGUCCCUCCGCCUCUGGGACGUCAAGACGGCCCGCUGCCUCAAGAUCCUGCCCGCGCACUCGGACCCGGUCAGCGCAGUGCACUUCUCCUGCGACGGUACGCUACUCGUGUCGGGGUCGCACGACGGGCUGUGCCGCAUCUGGGACACGUCGACCGGCCAGUGCCUCAAGACGCUGAUCGACGACGACAACCCGCCAGUCUCGCACGUCCGCUUCUCGCCCAACGGGAGGUACGUCCUCGCCUCGCUCCUCGACGGCUCGCUGCGGCUGUGGAACUACCACAAGGGCAAAUGCGUGCGCUCGUACAGCGGCCACAAGAACACUAAGUUCUGCUGCGUCGCCGACUUCGUCACGUCCUGCGACCCGCACCUGAUCGUGUCGGGGUCCGAGGACGGCCACAUCCUCCUCUGGGACCUGCAGACCAAGGCGGUGGCGCAGGAGCUCACUGGCCACUCCGACGCCGUCCUCGGCGUCUCGGUCCACCCCACGCUGCGCAUGUUCGCCUCGGCCGGCACCGACAAGAACCUCCAAAACAUCCGCAUCUGGGUCGACGAGACGGGGCCGCCCGCCGCAUCUCCCGCCGCCCCCUCUGCCCCUCCCGCCGCCCCUGCCGCCGCCGCCGCCGCCGCCGCCGCCGCCGCCGCCGCCGCCGCCGCCGCCGCCGCUGCCGCCGCCGCUGCCGCCGCCGCCCCUGCUCCGUCCAACGACCCCGCCGCCGCUCCUGCGCCUGUGCCGGAGGCGGGCGCGCCCCCGCAGUCGGUGGCCGGCGUGGAGCAGGAGGGGGGGCCCGCCGCCAAGGUUGCUCGUCUCGGCUAGAGAUCCACAGGCUCGCUGCGCGCUGGUCUCGGGAGUGAGCCGCGGCUGUGCUGCGGUGUCCAGCACGACAGAACGAGUAGGGUACUAAGUGUAGCGCUUUAUCCGCAUGCGGCAUGGUGUCCGGCUCGGGGCUCACCGGACACACACCGCCGCUCCAUGUGUCCAUGUUGGCGAAUCAAACUAAAAUCGUACUUC